CGUUUAAAAAAAUAGUUAGCGAAUUAUUUAAAUUUAUUUUGAUGAAACAAAAUUUAUAUAUAUAUAUAUAUACAUACAUACGAAAAGAAGCUUCUUUAUAACAUUAAUCUCUUCAUAUUUAAUGUACCGUAAUAAUUUUGCUACGUGAUAAUUUUGAAUAAAGAUUUAUUAUUACAGAUAGCAUCAGUUGUGUACAAGGAUUUUCUUAUUAAACAUUUAAGAUGGAUCAGAUGCUUCCCAGUCCUGGAUUUAGUAUACCCAGCAUUGGUACACCUUUGCAUCAACCAGAAGAGGAUCAACAAAUUCUACCAAAUGCCUUGCAACAGCAACAGCAAUCACAACAAUAUCAGUUGCAACAAUUACAUUCAAUGAGCCCUAACAUGCAGAGUGGCAUGUUAAUGCUAACGCCACAGAAGACUAUGCAUACAUAUGCUCCAACUCCAACAUUUGCGACACCACAAAGUCUUAUGCAACCGCAAACACCGCAAAAUAUGAUGUCUCCAAUAAUACCUCAAAAUAAUCAGAUAACGCCAGUAUCGAUAGGUCCUGCAACUCCUGGACCCAUGACGCCAAUGACACCAGCUUCUGCUGAUCCUGGAAUACUACCACAAUUGCAAAACAUUGUAUCCACUGUCAAUUUAAAUUGUAAGCUUGAGUUGAAGAAAAUAGCACUUCAUGCUAGAAAUGCUGAAUAUAAUCCAAAAAGGUUUGCUGCUGUUAUUAUGCGAAUAAGAGAGCCAAGAACUACUGCACUAAUAUUCAGUAGCGGCAAAAUGGUCUGCACUGGCGCUAAGAGUGAAGGAGAUUCGCGCCUUGCUGCUAGAAAGUACGCGAGAAUUAUUCAAAAGUUAGGUUUUCCUGCAAAGUUCUUAGAUUUCAAAAUCCAAAAUAUGGUUGGCAGCUGUGAUGUAAAGUUUCCAAUUAGAUUGGAGGGUUUAGUACUCUCUCAUGGACAAUUCUCAUCGUAUGAACCAGAGCUAUUUCCAGGUUUAAUAUAUAGGAUGGUCAAACCUCGAAUUGUACUGCUCAUAUUUGUUUCAGGAAAAGUAGUAUUAACUGGUGCAAAGGUUCGUAAGGAAAUUUAUGAAGCCUUCGACAACAUCUACCCGAUUCUGAAGAGCUUUAAAAAACAGUAAUAAUAUCCGUAUAAUUCUGAUUUGUUUUUACUAUUGAGAUCACUUGGGGCAUAUUGCAGUUCUUAUAUUGUAACACAGUCACAUAAGCGAGUGAAUAUGUUUAUACUAUUGUUAAAGUCAGUUGUGUCAAACAUUUUUUUGAUUAUCCAAUAUAUAGAAUAUCUCAAGAUUACUGAACGUUUUAAUUCAUUAUUAAUUUUUUUAAAUGAUCUUUAGAAUUGAGUUUUUUUUAAACUUCUAAUUUUUUAAUACAAGUUUAUUAUAACUAGAUUCGAAACGAGAGAAUAUAAAUUAAACAGUUUGUUUGUAUAUCAUUCACAUUUGAUUCCAUAAAUCAAUAAAAUAUACAUUAAGGAAAAAAAGGAUAAAUUCAAACAAAUAUUUUUUGCUUUUGCGAUAUGUUUUAGUAAACAUGAAAUGAUAUUAAACCAGUCCAACUUA